UCUUAGAUCAUAAUUAUGCUCCCAAGACAUUCGAAACAAUGAAAAUCGAGAUCUUCUCCACAGCUCUGGGAUGGCUUCUGGCCGCUUUACUACCAAUCUUCCACAUCUUCCUGCUCUGGUACUUUUGGUCCAGGUACACGUUUCCUGUUAACACGGCCACGUGCACCUGCGAGUGUUGGGACACUAUUUUUAAAGGUCCGUACGAAUAUGGAAUAUCUGCUUAUAAACACUUCUAUUUCAAUUCAACGAAAAGCUCUGCCAAAAUAUGGUUGAUCGUUUCCAUCGGUUUGAUAGCUCUGUACGAAUGCUCGAAACAACUUUGCCGGUUAUUCCUUCGUGGUAAAUUACGCUCUUCAAUGCUGCUGCUCUUUCUUUCUUCAAUAUUCCCGCACUACUAUUCAUGGUGGACGUACAUAAACUACAUUAACGAUAGAUUUUACACCCAAUGGGAUCACCAGCUGUUCUUCACCAUCUCGGAGAUUGUUUCCACGGCCAUCGUCAUCCACCUGAGCAACAGGCAUCACGAGCUGACUCGCUACAAAAUGCUGAUCAUCAUCAUCAUAAGUGCUGUACACUUGAUCUCGGGCUCGAUCGAUCAAUUCAUCGACAACAUUAUCAUGAUGAGAGGAUCCAAGCAUCAAGUCGUCCGGGAUCUAGGCUUCGUUCUUGCCGAUGUUAUGCACAUCGCCGUUCCAAUCUUUGAGCUGCGAGAUCUGGAGUACUAUAAUUUCGAUAACAGAGUUUGGUACAAGGAUCGUAGAUCUAUAAUCGAGUUUACUAUUGCAGGAUUUCUCAUACUUGUUGGUUGCGUUAUUGUUCAACAAUUGUAG